AGCAGGGUGCUGAAAAUAUGAUACAGAGUUUAACGAGCGGCCAUCGUGACAAGAAAUUGCUACAGGAGGCUCAACAAAUGCUAGACGAUUCUCGCGCCAAAAUCGAGUUCCUACGCAUGCGAAUAAUGAAAGUUCGCCAAGCAAAACAGCAACGAGGCGACGCAUUGCCACCGAAUGGCGAAGCAACUAGUAACAAAGAUAGGUACGAGCCCAGUUUGGAGCUCGCGUUGGAGGAGAGGGUGGAAGAACUACGGCAUCGAUUACGAAUAGAGGGCAGCUGUCGUGGAAGGUGCCAAGAACGUGAUACGUCUUUUACAAAGUGCCAGAGUCGCUGA